GCGUCCGUUCUUCGAUCGUUCUAUGAUCAAGAAUUUUGUAGGAAAACAAAUGUUAUUCAGUGUUAUUUGCAUAUUCAGUGUUACCAAGCUGUCCCUCAAGUUUAUCCAAUUAAUGAAUAUAUACUCAUAGAACCGUGCGAUUUGUGAACUUUGUGGCAUAAAUCCGGAAAUAUUCUACAACAAUAAUAGACGAAGUGGAAGGAGACGAGGGAAAAAAAAAACUACCGUGCAAAUACAUUGACAAUUGUCAAUUUAUGCCCGAUAAAAGUCAAUAUUAUUAUUAACGACAGUGAUAUUACGAUUUCACAAACACACAGUUAAAUAUUUACGCUAAAAAUCGACAAAAAAAUGGAAGUGAUACUUCGAGUCGCCGCAUUUUUGCUCAAAUGUCUUGGAUUCAUCUUGACGCCACUGUUAGGCGUCUUCAAUCCAUAUAAAAAAGUUCAAAUUCCACACCAUAAAAAUGAACUGUUAAACAUUCCGGUCGUCGAGCUGGCUCAGAAGAUCCGCAAAAAAGAGGUGACGUCUGAACAAGUGGUGUCAGCCUAUAUUGAACGUAUCAAAGAGGUGAAUCCAUUCGUGAAUGCUGUGGUCGAAGAUCGUUUUGAGGCUGCUCUCGAAGAUGCACGACGUGCCGAUCGACUGGUGGAAAGCACUUCCGAAUUUUUACUCGUAACCAAUUAUCCCAUUCUCGGUAUUCCAUUUACUGUGAAAGAGAGUUGUUCUCUCAAAGGCAUGUCAUAUUCCGUUGGUUCGGUACAUAGAAAGGGAAUGAAGGCAACUGAAGACGGUGAAACGGUGGCAUUGCUUAAAUCGGCCGGAGGUAUUCCAUUGCUGGUAUCAAACACACCUGAAUUUUGCACCAGCUGGGAAUCGAGCAACUUAGUUACGGGACGCACACUUAAUCCAUACGAUACUCGUCACAGCUCAGGUGGUUCAUCUGGUGGAGAGGGUGCACUUGUUGGUAGUGGUGCUUCAUUGUUUGGUAUUGGUUCAGACAUAGCGGGUUCGAUUCGUGUUCCAGCACUUUUCAACGGAAUUUUCGGUCAUAAGCCAACGGGUGGUCUAUUGUCAGUCAUCAAUCACUUUCCCUACUCAAUGGACGAAUGCUUUUCCAAUUAUUUGGUCGUGGGUCCAAUGUGUCGAUAUGCAAAAGAUUUGCCCACACUCUUACACAUUAUGGCUGGCAAAAAAGCGGACAAACUUCGUCUCAACGAACCACUUUAUACUAAAGACAUAAAGAUAUUCUAUAAGACAGCAGCCGGAUUCUCGUUAGUGGAUAUUCCAGUUCAAUCAGAAAUAAAAAUUGCCAUUCGCAACGCGGCCGAACAUUUCCGUAACAAUGGUUUAGAUGUGAAACGAGCACCGAUCGGAUCUAUGCAAGAAUUGAUUGAAUGCGGUUUGGCUCAAUUCUUCACCAUGCAAGACAUUCCAUUGAUCCUGCGUGACGUUGAAAAUCCAAAGAAGGUACACAAUGUGUACUUGGAGAUGCUUAAAUGUUCAGUCGGUCAAUCAGACUACAGUUUUGCCGGUUUAUUCUUUUCGGCCUUGUAUGAAACACACGGUUUAAUUCUGAAACGGAAUAUCCCCAAAUAUGCUCAACGGUUGGAAAAAUAUCGACAGCAGUUUUUGGACAUGCUUGGCGAUGAUGGUGUGUUCUUUUAUCCAACAUAUCCAACUACGGCCGUGCGUCACAAUGACUCGCAUUUGAAAUUGAGCGGUGUCUCGUAUACGAUGAUUUUCAAUUUGUUCGGUUUCCCGUCAACGCACGUUCCAUUGGGUCAAGAUCGUAACGGGUUGCCCGUUGGAUUCCAAAUUGUAGCUGCACCAUAUCACGAUCGAUUAUGUCUGUGCAUUGCUGCCGAAAUUGAAGCCGCCUUCGGUGGAUGGAAACCGCCAUAUGAAACAAAAUAAACGUUCACACCACACAAAUUCAACGCUUCAUCCAUUCCACAAUAACUUAAUUGCGUGACGAACGAAUACCUACACAAGUUUAGCAUAGCAUAAGCAUGAUUCCAUUAGGGUAGUAAUUUAUACAAAUUUGUGAUAAUAAAAUAAAAUUUGUUCAGCAAA